AUGAGGAUUAUAGAACUCGUUAUUGACGGCUACAAGUCGUAUGCUGUCCGUACAGUCAUCUCCGGCUGGGAUGAGAGCUUCAAUUCUAUCACAGGCCUCAACGGAUCAGGAAAGUCAAAUAUUCUCGACUCAAUAUGCUUCGUCCUGGGUAUCAACAAUUUGAGCGUGGUGCGAGCGCAGAACCUACAAGAUCUCAUCUACAAGCGCGGACAAGCUGGAGUCACCAAGGCGAGCGUUACGAUCGUAUUUGACAACCGCGACAAGUCAAAAAGUCCCGUCGGCUUCGAAGAGCAUGCGCAGAUUUCAGUCACACGGCAGAUCGUGCUGGGAGGAGCGAGCAAAUACCUCAUCAACGGGCACCGAGCACAGCAACAGAGCAUACAGAACCUCUUCCAAUCAGUGCAGCUCAACAUCAACAACCCCAACUUCAUGAUUGCGCAGGGCAAAGUUAUGCAGGUGCUGAAUAUGAAGGCGAAAGAGAUCCUUGCCAUGCUGGAGGAGGCUGCUGGGACACGCAUGUUUGAGGACAGGCGAGACAAGGCUUACAAGACGAUGGCGAAGAAGGAGAUGAAGGUGCAAGAGAUCGCUGAGCUCCUGAGGGACGAGAUUGACCCGAAGCUGGAAAAGUUGCGACAGGAAAAGCGCGCCUUCCUCGAAUUCCAGCAAACGCAAAGCGAGCUCGAACGCCUUACAAAGCUAGUCAUUGCACACGACUACAUCCGGUACAAGGAGAGGCUGCAACAGUCGGCAGACGACUUGGAAGCGAAGAAGCAAAGAGCUAUAGAUCUGGACGAAGCGGCGGUCCGCAUGAAGAAAGAGAUCGAGUUCCUGCAGGAAGACAUCAAGAAGGUCAAGGCCACGCGCGAGAGGGAACUACGCAAAGGAGGCAAGUUUCAAGCCCUGGAGGAAGAGGUCAGGGCGCACUCUCACGAGGCCGUUCGCUUGGACACCCAACUGGAUUUGAAAAACACCAGCCUGGCUGAGGAGAAGGAGCGUCGCCAGGGAAUCGAGAAGACCGUCCAGGACCUCGAAAAGCAACUGCAAGAGAAAAAGAAGGCCCAUGAGAAGCUGCAAGAGAAGUACCAGACUGCCCAUGCCGAGUUGGCAAAACAGACAGAGGAAGUCGAGAAGAAGGAAGAGUUGCUGCAAACCCUGCAGACUGGUGUCGCAUCCAAAGAAGGCCAGGAAAGCGGUUACCAGGGACAGCUACAAGAAGCUAGGAAUCGAGCAAGCGCUGCUGCCACGGAACAAGAGCAAGCAAAGCUGAAGAUUUCACAUCUCGAGAAACAGGUCAAGGAAGAUGAGCCCAAAGCGAAGAAGGCCAAGGAGCAGAACUCAGGGUUGAUCAAUGACCUCGAAGCACUGAAAUUACAAGCAAAGAAGCUACAGUCUGAUUUGACCAAGCUCGGUUUCGAUGAAGGCCAAGAGUCGGACAUGUACCAACAAGAGUCCCAUUUCCAAGCUAGGAUACGGGAAUUGAAGCAGCAAGCAGAUGAGCUGCGCCGAAGGGUGGCCAACAUCGACUUCAGUUACAGCGACCCUUCGCCAAACUUUGAUCGAUCUAGCGUGAAGGGGUUGGUGGCACAGCUUUUCACGCUGGACAAGAACCACACACGAGCUGGUACUGCACUAGAGAUUUGCGCGGGAGGGCGACUGUACAAUGUUGUCGUAGAUUCCGCUGCAACUGGCAAGCAGCUCUUAGAGAACGGACGGCUGAAGAAGCGGGUCACCAUUAUUCCACUGAACAAGAUUGCUGCGUUCAAAGCAUCCGCGGCAAAGGUCGGUGCUGCACAGAAGAUUGCACCUGGAAAGGUUGACCUGGCCCUGUCCUUGGUCGGCUACGACGACGAAGUCACUGCAGCUAUGGAAUAUGUCUUUGGAUCCACAUUGGUCUGCGAAGACGCAGAGACCGCUAAGCGCGUUACCUUUGAUCCGGCGGUCCGAAUGAAGAGUGUUACUCUCCAAGGCGACACCUACGAUCCUGCCGGUGUUCUUUCUGGUGGCAGUGCUCCCCAAUCUAGUGGCGUACUCAUAACGCUUCAGAAGCUGAACGAAAUCACCACUGAACUGAGGCAUCAGGAGACGCAGCUGAACUCCCUGCAAGCUACAAUGGCCAAGGAAAAGAAGAAGUUGGAUGCUGCGCGUAAAACGAAGCAAGAACUUGACCUGAAGACUCACGAAAUCAGGUUGACUGAAGAGCAGAUCAGCGGCAACUCAUCAUCUUCGAUCAUACAAGCCAUCGAGGAGAUGAGGCAGAACAUCGUACAACUCAAGGAAGAUGUCAAGACAGCCAAAAUACGACAGGAUGAGGCCAACAAGGAUGUCAAACGCAUAGAGCGUGACAUGAGCGAGUUCAAUAAUAAUAAAGGCAGCAAGUUAGCGGAGUUGCAAUCGUCACUCGAGAAGCUGAAAAAGGCACUAAGCAAGAACAGCGCCUCGGUCAAACCCCUUCAGGCUGAGAUGCGGGAGGCUAUGGUGGAGUCUGAACAGUGCGGCAGCGAUCUUGCGGCCGCCCAAGAGCAACUCGAGGAAGUCGAAACUACGUUGAGGUCACAACAAGAAGAGCUAGACGAGCUCUUGGCUGAGAAGGCACGAGUCACGGAUGCUCACGAUAUAGCGCAAGCACGGCUGAGCGACGAACAAGCCAAGUUGACGGGUUUCGAUGAGGAGCUUCGGUCGCUGGAUGACACCAUUCGAUCCAAGAACACCUCCAUCACCGAGGGAGGGUUGGAGCAACAGAAGCUCGGCCACGAAAUCGAAAGGUUCCACAAGGAGCAAGAGGGUGCAGCCAGUCACGUCAAGGCACUCGAAAAGGAGUAUGAUUUCAUUGCCAGCGACUCGGAGCUCUUCGGGAGGGCUGGCUCAGUGUACGACUACAAUGGUGUGAACAUGGCGGACUGCAAAACCAAGCGCAAAGCCCUGGAAGAACGAUUCCAGCAAAAGAAAAACAAGAUCAAUCCCAAGGUCAUGGCCAUGAUCGACAGCGUGGAGAAGAAGGAAGCCAACCUGAAGAAGAACAUGUCAACGGUCAUCAAGGACAAGUCAAAGAUCGAGGAGACCAUUGUUAAGCUUGAUGAGUACAAGAAGGAAGCUCUGCACAAAACCUGGACAAUAGUCAACCGAGACUUUGGUUCGAUCUUCAACGAACUUCUCCCGGGCAGCUUUGCAAAACUUGACCCACCCGAGGGCAAGACCAUCUCUGACGGACUAGAGGUCAAGGUCAUGCUGGGUAAGGUCUGGAAGCAGUCUUUGACGGAAUUGAGUGGUGGUCAACGAUCAUUGAUUGCCCUUUCCCUCAUCAUGGCAUUGCUGCAGUUCAAGCCUGCUCCCAUGUACAUCCUAGAUGAAGUUGACGCCGCUCUCGACCUUUCUCAUACGCAGAACAUUGGUCGACUUUUCAAGACUAGAUUCAAGGGCUCGCAAUUCAUCGUUGUCAGUCUGAAAGACGGCAUGUUCCAGAACGCCAACCGCAUUUUCCGUACGCGGUUUGUCGAUGGCACCUCAGUUGUGGCAGCCACGAGUGGCUCUGGAUAGAUGGCAGAUUUGUUAUGAUGUAUCAUGAAGCAUGAGUAGGAUACCCAAUAUACAUGGUUUGGACACGGGCUCUCGGAUUAGGGUCGCAUAGGGAAGGCGUUCGGAGCAUCAAGCGCCGGUUGGAAGUUGCGUGUAGCAACGGUAGCGGUACCCUUCCUGUUUGGAUCAUGACUUCCUGAUUUAGAUGGAUAGGAUCUCAAACAUCUCAAUUGCAUCGACUUCUUACGCUUUACUCA